AUGGAGACCUACAAGAGCAGGUUGGGGGCAGAUCAUCCUGAUACGCUGACCAGCAUGAAUAACUUGGCUUAUACUUGGAACUCUAUGGAUAAGGACACCGAAGCUAUCGACUUGAUGCAAAUGUGCAUUCGCUUUAGCAAGAUUAAACUAGGAGUGGACCAUCCACGUACACGAUCAUCAGUCCUAGCUCUAGCUAUGUACGGCAGCCAAUUGAAGCUAUUCUAA